UGGGCAAGAUGGGCAUGUUGGGAUCAACCAUACCUGGCUAUGGAUGCCCUGGGGUCUCCUCUGUUGCAUAUGGUCUUAUUGCUCGAGAAGUGGAGAGGGUAGAUUCUUCUUACAGAUCUGCAAUGUCUGUCCAGUCAUCACUUGUCAUGUACCCCAUCUGGGAAUUUGGCACAGAAGAACUUAGAUUGAAAUACCUUCCCAAACUUGGUAAGAUGAUACUAUACUGUAUUUAUGUUUUUGGUUAUGUGCUAGAAGUAAAACACCUGCCAUAUUUGAUUGAGUGUAGGCCGAAGUUUGGUGGCCAAUUUAUGGGCAAAAAAGUAGGAUGUCUAUUCAUACAUGGGUAAUAUUUUUGUACUUAC